AUGUCUUCCACCAAUGUUACUGAAUUUCACCCUUCUUCAUUUCUGUUACUGGGGAUUCCAGGAUUGGAAGUUGCACAAAUCUGGCUUGGUUUUCCUUUCUGUCUUGUGUAUUUGAUUGCUCUGGUGGGAAAUGCUAUUAUUCUAUUUGUUAUUCGAACUGAACAUAGCCUUCACCAACCCAUGUUCUACUUUCUGGCCAUGUUGUCAAUAAUUGACCUGAGUCUAUCUACUGCUACCAUUCCCAAAAUGUUAGGAAUCUUCUGGUUCGGCCUUCAAGAGUUGUGCUUUGGAUGCUGCGUUGCUCAAGUUUUUUUCAUCCACUUUUUUACAGUAAUGGAGAGCAUUGUGCUUCUUGCCAUGGGCUUUGAUCGUUAUGUAGCAAUUUGCAACCCACUCCGGUAUAGCAUGAUUCUUACGAACAGGGUUAUUGGUUUAAUUGCUAUGGUAGUAGUUCUAAGAAGUUUUUGCAUGAUUGCCCCUAUUGUUUUUCUCCUCCUCAGGCUGCCUUACUGUGGGCAUAGAAUAAUCCCUCAUACCUAUUGUGAGCACAUGGGAGUGGCACGGUUAGCUUGUGCCAGCAUUAAUGUCAAUGUUUACUUUGGACUUGGAAAUAUUUGCAUAUUGUUUCUGGAUGUACUUCUUAUCAUUAUUUCCUAUGCUAGGAUCUUAUAUACUGUUUUCCAUAUCCCUUCCCGAGAUGCUCGCUUAAAGGCCUUAAAUACCUGUAGCUCCCAUAUUUGUGUCAUUUUAGCAUUCUUUGGCCCUGCUCUUUUUUCUUUCCUCACUCAUCGCUUUGGUCAUAACAUCCCCCAAUAUAUUCAUAUUUUGCUUGCUAAUCUCUAUGUAGUUAUUCCUCCUGCCCUUAACCCUGUAAUUUAUGGGAUCAGAACAAAGCAGCUCCAAGAACGAGUACAAAAUAUUUUUGCUAAAAAAGUGUUGAAUGGAAAGUAA